UUAUUCAACGGCCAUUUUCCAUCUUACACACCCAACUCGUGUUCCCUCUGUUUUGUAUUACCAAACACGUUUCAUCUUUCUUUCUUCAGAUUCUUUCCAUCGAUCCCCACCAACUGUUUCUUGAUUUCUUGAACUGCUUUUCCCUAUAUCCUCGGGGAAAACGGAACUGAUCCUCUUGUUUGGAAGUAAUGGUGGGUGCUCUGUUUGUUGUUGGUUCAUCGGUGAUGGAUCCCCCAAGCGGUCCAUGUUUAUGCAUUGAUGCUCAUACAAGAAUCUCUCCGAACAAGAAGAAGAUCCUUGGCAGUGCAAGAAAGCUAGAGUUAGGAAGCUCUUUUACCGGUUCAAGCAUUGUUUUCAGGCUUUCUUCUACCAAACGCGUACCAAGAAUUGCGAGUCGAAGGAGCAAGAAGAAGCUCGUGAUUGUGAACGAGGACGUUGCUGGGAACUACGAGGAUACCUUCGGAGAUGUCAAGACGCAACUUAUAAACUACUUCACGUACAAAGCUGUGAGGACGGUUCUUCAUCAAUUAUACGAAAUGAAUCCUCCUCGAUACACUUGGUUCUAUAAUUACGUCGUAUCAAAUAGACCAACCGAAGGCAAACGAUUCCUUCGCAAACUCGGCAAGGAGAAUCAGGAGCUUGCAGAAAGAGUUAUGAUCACACGCCUCCACUUGUAUGGGAAGUGGAUCAAGAAAUGCGACCAUGGGAAGAUAUACCAAGAUAUAUCAGAUGAGAACUUGGCGUUGAUGCGUGAACGGCUGAUGGAGACCGUGAUAUGGCCUUCUGACGACUCAAACUCUGAGGUUAUUGGCUAAAGAAAGUAUAUGUCGCAAAACCAACAGCAUCUCCUUUGUGAAUUCGCUUCUCAGUUUUUUUAGGACCUUGAGCUUCUCUUAGUUUAUAAUAUAGUUCAUUGAGCAGUAUAUACGAGUCUUUUCUUGGCAUGUACUGUUUAUGUAUGAUAUAUGGCAAAACUAUAUCUUCUUCUCAAUCA